CGGUGAUAAAGUGAGGAGCGAACAAAAAACCCUUUAUUACGCUCAGUAUUAAAUAUCAUUCAUGGCAAUAAUAGUAGACCACGACGACACUAGGUUCAUUACAAUACACUUCUAUCAUUCGGGUUGUGCUCAUCCAGUUUGGUUAUCCCAUUGUCAGUUACACCAUUGUGCACGGAGCUGACAACAGUUGUCUUUAGUUCUGAAUAGGAUUACCACAUAUACACAGCGUGUCCGCUCUUUCCACAACUGCAACAAUUAAUUGCACCGAAUGUACAAAUCGAUGGCCUAUAAUAUGUUGAAGCUGCUCUUGUUGCGUAAGAGUAUUAUUUUAUUUGUUUUCUCAUACCUUAUGUAUGGAUUAUGGACUCAACAAUUAUUUCCUUCUGAAAUGAUUGAAGUUGCGGAGGAAGUUGAGGUGCGACUGAAGGACGUGGAAAGGUUCAGAGUUAUUGACACUGACAAGUUUUUAAAUGCAAAUAGAAUACAAGCUGGAUCGAGAAAAAGCGUUUGCUUAGUCACUGCUGCAAUAAGUGGCCCUACCUUAAGUGGUGGAAUUGCAUCUGCUUUCCAUAAUCUCGCAUUGCACCUGGGAGAAGAUGAACGAUUCGAGGUUUACGUGUUAUAUACUCCACACCCGUACUACCAAUCUGGAACUGUUACAGAGCAUACUCGCUUCUUCAAAGAACACAACGUCACAUUCAUUACUUUACCUGGUGGAAGUGAUAAGUAUUACGGUUCACCUUUGAUGGUACGUUCUUAUAGAGUAAUGCAGUAUCUGCUGCAUGCAACGACAAGGUUCGAUAUCAUUUCCUUUCACGAUUACAUGGGACUUGGGUACUAUACCACCAUGCUUAAGAGACAAGGGCUAGGGUUCUCUAAGUCUGUUUUGAUGGCGCAACUGCACAGCACCUUGCUCUGGUCGGACAUAUUAGGCGAACGGUCUCCGAAAUCAUAUCAUACAUUGGGUUAUUAUCACAUGGAGAAGAAAAGUAUAGAAUGGGCGGACGUUCGGAUAUCACCCAGUCGCUACUACCUCGACUGGCUAGAGUCUAGUUUCAUGCCCGCACGACUCUCUAACGGGCAUAAUUUCGUUCUCCACAAUCUCGUAUAUCCCCUGCCCACUCCUACUUCUGAAAAGAUAUCAAAAUUUUCUAACCAUUUAGUUUUCUUUAGUCGGUUAGAAGUGCGAAAGGGUUUGUUUGUAUUUCUUCAAGCUUUGAAAAAGGAAAUCAAAGGUGUAGGUGCAAUUACAUUUCUAGGACCCAAGGUAAAUAUAGACGGGGAGUCAUCGAUCUCUGUUAUUGAGAGCUCUGUGAAUAGCAUUGAGUGGAUCACCAGCAACGGUGUUGAAGUCAACUUCGUAACUGACAAAGGAUCCGCCGCUGCGAUCCAGCAUAUAAAAGCUACUAAUGGGAUAGCAGUCAUGCCAACUCUAGGAGAGAACUCCCCAUAUGUGGUAUUAGAAAUGAUAGCCCAUCGAGUCCCUUUCAUCACGACAAACGCUGGUGGGGGUUUGGAGCUUAUAGAUAGAGUUUCUCCGGAUAAUAUCGUACGAGCGGGGUGUGUUAGAUGUUUGUAUGGUUCACUUCAAAAAGCUAUGUCAGAAAAUGGUCUACAACCAGUGGGCCCAAGUGUGCCGUUCGAUGUAGCUCGUUCAAAUUACCUCGAUGUCUUGGAAGUCCUGGGGAGUUGGAACGAGCCGGCGGAAAUCACUCCUGCAAAAUACGGUGGCUAUAGUGUGGUAUUCGGGAUCACAUCACAUGACCGUCCAGAGACACUGAUCAAAGCCGUCGAAAGUGUUCUCGAUCAAGACUACGAUCACUCUUCGAUACGAAUAAUUGUGGUCGACGACGCUUCGACGGCGCCAGGGAUAGAAAAAGUAUUAGAAAAAAUUCGUCAACUUGCUGUAAAGGAAAGGGUCGCAAUCGAUGUAAUUCGUAAUGAGGAGAACAAAUUUGUCGCAGCUAACCGCAACUAUAUAUUCAACAUUGGAGUUGAACAACGUGCUGAUUAUGUUUGCUUAUUGGACGACGACGAUGUGUUGUACGCAGAUAUGACCCGAAAUUUCAUGACGGUCGCAGCCAAUACCGACGCAGAUGUGCUUGUAAGCUUGAGCGAUAACUUCAUAUCGAAGUCGGAUGGAAACCGAGUUUUCUCACACUUAUCAUUAGCUUUAGGAAAUUCAGUGGGAGUCAAUACCAUAGUCAAUUUCAUAGGGAAAGGAACACUGUGUGCCAAGCCUAAAGUUGUGGCCUCUUUUCGAGGUCACGAUGCUGAUUCGGAACUAUCGAACUCGCCUUUCGUCGACUGGCAAAUGUUGACAAGGGCGUACCUCAACAAUUGCAACAUAGAAUUAGUUCCUUUGCCAGCUUAUCGAUAUACUCAAAAUUCGAAGGAUAGUCUUCUUCAUGAACGUAAUGGCCGCCAUGAUAUCUUCAGGGGUCACAUGAAAAUUGUAAGAGAUAUUUUAGCAGGUACCCCCGAACACCUCAGAGAUUUCAUGUAUUAUAGUCUAAUGAAAUUACGUCGACCGGAACUGUCAAGCGAUGGAAUAUUCUAGAGUCUAUAGAACUUACUCUUCACCCAUAAUUGUCAGCUCAAAGCCUCAAACAACAAAAAAUAAAUCCAUGAAGAGUUAUGAG